AGUUCAGAGACUGAUGACGUCGUUUCACAAUGAAGAUAUUAUUCACUAUAAUAUUCCUGACGGGAUGCUUUGUCCUCGCCAGAUCACACACGUACCAUUUGGGCGACUGCCCGCUCGUCGAGCCUGCGAAAGCAUUUGAAAUGAGCAGAUUUUUAGGUUUGUGGUACGUGAUCCAAAAAACGUCUACAGCAAGCAAAUGCAUCACUUACAAUUACACUCGCGAUGAGGAGCCUGGAGUGUACAUAUUAACGCAAGUUUCGGAUCAUCCGAUAUUAGGUCUUACGCCAUUGAAGCACAGAUAUCAUUACACCGGUGAAUUGACCGUUCCGGAACCAAGUACACCCGCAAGAAUGGAAAUUCGCUUUCCCCUGAACCUAAUCGGAAGUGCGUCUCACGUGGUGGUCUCCACGGACUACCAGAACUACGCGGUCAUUUUCACCUGUCAGAAGUUGAAGUUCUGGAACCGUCAGAGCUUGACGAUCUUGUCCAGGAAUCGAGACUUAGACAAGACGUACUUGAUCAGGAUACGCGAUAUAUUAUCUUUCUACGGAGUGGGUCCGUACGGUCUGAGCAACAUCCCUCAAACCGGAUGUCCUCAUGGUAACAACACGUUGGACAUUAACGUGGAUCCAAACACUUUCACGGCUGAGAAUAUUGAAAACGUGGUUCGUAAGGCUGGACAGAAAUUAUGCGACGGUGUUGAAUGGGUGGUUAGUGCAGGAAGCAAAGUGUACCAUAAGAUAGCCGGAAGCGAGGAGAAAGAAACGAGGAAACCAGAGGCGAACAGUAGAUGAACCAUGACGAAAGGCUACGAGAAUAGCGCAGUCGAAUGGUUACCUUAGAUUGUAGCUUUAAGACGCGAUUCGAUUGUUUGUUUUUUUUACAAUUUAACCUUAGUGACGAUGAAUAUUUAUUUUGUUUAUACUCAUCGAGAGAAUAUUCCUUUUUUCGUAUAGACAAGUGAUAUUUGUACACUGCAAUAGAAAUGAGGUAGAAGACGUAGGGGGAGAACCAAAGACUAUGUAACUAGAGCUACGAUAAUAUUUUUACGUUGAUAACUUUUGCAAAUAGAAAAUGAACGUUGUCGACUUGUAAUCUCCGAGACGAAAUAAACAGAUUGUGC